AUGAUACUCUUGCGACCCCAUAAUAAUUUUGGGGGUCGCGACCGCUACCCCUCGCUACCCCAUAGUUACGCCACUGGGCCAAGGUUGUGCCUUGGGGCCAUUCCAGUUCGGGUAUCGAAACACAAGUAUGUGCUCGACAUUGUCCGACACGCAACUGCAGUAAUUGCAUCAAGGACUGUCCAUACGAUGGAAGUAAUAUUGGAAACACCUGUGUUCCGAGAGAGCUUAGGUCAUGUGGUACGACAUUUGGACCCUUGGGACUAUCCUGCCCUCCCAUUUGAUGAUAUUCCCGAAUGGAAAUGUCGUAAAUUAUUAUCAAAGGCCAAUACUACCAACACCAAUUCCAUCGUCAACCAGCAUGGAAACCAGCGGGAACGACGACAAGCUCUAGUAAAAACUAGAAAUGUAGAUGAUGGACCAGGUCCAGUCGAGUCCUUCGCCAGAUCCAGUUAUCCAUUAAAUGUGCCAAGAUUCCAGAAUGGCGAUGUCAUAAACUAUUCCACCAUCAACAUGGAGGUAAUAAAAUGGAUUCGUCAACAGCUGUCAAUUGAGAAGAUGAAUCGUAUUCAGGAAUUCAAAUUAAAAAACUUGAAUCGUCUGUCGUCCUCAAAAACACCCCAGCGUUAAA